AUGACUUUCGGCAUCUUCAUAGUCUGCCUUUUGGUGCUUGCUGUCCUAUUCAGCAUUUGCAUCAUCUUGGGGGUGACACGUUUUAGCUUGCGUUUCAACGACAUGCUGCGUGUCUGCAUCGUCGCUUUUCACCUCCUCUGUUAUGCUCCGUGUAAUCCGACGGCUUUCGGCGUUGCAACAGUUGAACUCCUGCUUCAAGCUGUCCUGUUUUGCGUUUGCGUGAUGUUAGCAGUGAUGCAUUGCACUCCACCUUUCAAUGACAUUUUAUGUGUCAUACUGUGUGCAUUUCUGCCCGGUGCGGUCACCGAGGCGCUGGUCACUGUUAGCGUGCGGUCGCGUUAUACUGUUUUGCCCGGUGCGGUCACCGAGGCGCUGUCGACUGGUAAUGCACGGUCGCGUUACUCCUCUACUGGUCACAGUUUCGUCGGGGGCGGUACCCGACGGUCAGAUUCUGUUUCGACGUCUGAGCUGCGGGCGUUUCCCGUCGUGUUAGGCUCCCGCUCUCUGCUCGCAUUGCAUUCGUCGGUCAAGUAUCGAUGUCAGCUUCGUCACGAGAAUGUUACCUCGCUCUGGGAAUAUGGUGAGUUAGCGCGGGUUCAUGGUGUCGCUGUAAGCCGUGGCCAGCGCAACUUGAAUGGGUUGAGUUCAGUAUGUGCAGCACAUUGCUGUUCAGUGGCUUGCCCGUCUACGCUGUCGGUGUUUGAUUUCC